AAGCGUGUAGAUAUACAAGCAGCGUCAGCACCAGUGUUUUUCUGUCGGGGUAAAUAUACAAGCAACGCGCAUACCACUUAUAACAAGAUACUCUCGGCGUGCACUCGCCUAAUGACGACCAUUAGUGACAGAGAUCGGGCACCUGCAGCCUCUUGGAGUAACUGUCCUUUUUCUGGUGCUUCCUUGCAGCCGUUCCGUUCUAGCUACCUGUAGAAGACUACUGGAUACGUGGUUAUGGCGGGUGUUUGUGGGGGCUGUUUAUUCUGGAUGCUUAUUGUCUAUGUGGGAUUCGUGUGUCCCAUACAGAACUCUAAGAAAUCCCCAGUGCGAGAGACAGAGUAUGGCCAGGUUCAGGGUGUCACUACAGAGCCCAUACCCGGACGGACUGUCGCCAACUAUCUAGGAAUCCCCUACGCAAAACCACCAGUCAACAAACUUAGAUUUGAGAAAACACAGAAACCGGACUCCUGGAAUGGAGUGCGGUUCGUAGGAGAACUCCCCCCGGCAUGUCCACAGAACCCGAAUAUGAAUUACGUCAAUCAGCACAGCCCAGGGUUCAAUAAAGAGGAUGAAGAUUGUCUCUAUAUCAACGUUUACGUCCCAGAGCGAGUGUCUGAGAACACUCCCGUAUUCCUCUAUGUGCAUGGCGGCUCGAACCGAGUCGGAAUGGGGGCGAUGCUUCGGGGAGAUAUUUUGGCAGCAUUUGGAGACAUUAUAGUUGUCAAUUUUAAUUAUCGUCUCGGAUCUCUCGGGUUUUACGCCGCUAGAGACGUGGCGUUGACGGGGAACUAUGGCUUUUUUGACCAGCUAAUGGCCCUGCACUGGGUCAAAGACAACAUAAAGAGGUUUGGUGGAGACCCUGAAAUGAUCACAAUAGCUGGUCACAGCGCAGGCGCGGCUGACGUCGGAUUCCACGUGAUCUCACCAUUGAGCAAGGGUUUAUUUCACCGUGCCAUGAUCAUGAGCGGAUCUCCUAUCGCUUUUUGGGGGCUGGCGGCGCCCCACUGGAGGGCAGGCUAUAACAUAGACGAGUUCUGUCUCAGAGACCUCUGCCCCAGACAUCGUGACCCCAAAACAUUCCGAGAGUAUUUGAUGAAUCUGCCUUGGCAGGAAUUUACCAACUACGAGACCACGCCCAGCCCCAUAGACUAUCGGGCAAUUCUAACGUUUCCAGUGUCCAUUAUUGAUGGAGAGUUCAUCACAGAACGACCUGAAACAGCCAUACAGGCCAAGAGGUUCAACUGCGAUUCCUUCGUCUUCUCGGUUACGCGAGACGAAGGGUCCAUUGACGUAAAGUAUGUGCGUGAAAGCAAGAUGAGAGACACAGGCAAAUUUGACGAGGAAACGUUCCGUGACGUUCUGGACUGGUACAAACCCAUCUAUCCCAAAGUCGGCGAACUUAAAAACCUUAUCAUGCACGAAUAUGGUGGCUGGCAACAUUUUCCAAAUCACACGGAGGAAAUUAACAUUCUCCGGCGUUAUACAGAGAUGGAGAGCGACAUUGUGUUCGUGGCCCCCAUGGUAAAGUUAGCUGACCUUUUAACCUCAGCAGGGGUCGAUGACAUUACAUUCUUUACCUUUGACUACCGAUCAGAAGGCAAUCUAAGCGAAUGGGAAGGAGUUCCGCACGGUGCCGAUCUGUUUUAUAUAUUUGGUAUCCCAUAUGUUGGACACCGGUAUUUUAACUAUGAUAAAACAGAUAAACAAGCUAGUGCAAUGGUGAUGACUAUGUGGACAAACUACGUAAAAACGGGGGUGUUUUCAACAGGUUCUACGGACUUCCUGAAGUACGCACAGUCGAGGUCAUACAAUAAGCUUCAUUUGCAGAAUGAGACCUUAGUGGUCAGUAAACUGGACAAUUACAAACCUCGAAGGAUGGCGUUUUGGAAUUCCCUACUACCGUCACUCAGCCAAUCAGUGCCGUGUUCCGCGGGUGCACAGUGCGCCUCAGUACUCUUAUAUAUUGGUAGUAUAGUGUGUCUUAUCUUCUACACGACGAAUGUAUUGAACUUCCCAUCAUAUAAAACAAUUGCAGUUAUUGGCGCGCAGAACGUGAAGAUAAGUUCUUUAAUUUUUUGUCCUGGUAUCUGUACAAAUGUUAAAAUAAACGUGGAUGAUAAUUUUCCAGACGUUUCUGACUUAUGCAAGAUGUCCACCUAUCAACAGAGAAAGAUAGAACAUCAUGAAGCAUUGCGCCAAACGUUAAUAAAAAGCUUCCUAAAUGAAAAACUCACAAAGUUCAACAAAAACAUAACAAAAUGGAAGGCACAAUUACGACGGUACUGCGAUUCCCCCAAGCACGAGGGUGGGACGAUACUGGAUGACUUCCUAUGUCUUGAAAGGAAGGGACGGAUCGCUCCGGGCAAAUAUGAUGAAUUGAUCACCAUGUUCCAAAUCAUUGACAUCCGUGCUGUCGACAUCAUCAAUAAGACAACUGCUACUAUUGCGAACAUUGAAAAAGAGAGAAAAGAAAAGAAGGCUGAAAAGAAAAAGUAUGCUUCAUUGAGAUCCGUCAUUAAGAAGAGCGAGAUCACUCCUGACCAGCUAUCGACCUUGUACGACAUGAUACAGCAAGUUCUACAACACAGCAAAGUCUCACCACACUGGGAGACCGACUUACAGGAAGUCCCAAAGAAUGACAGGAUAUCAAAAACUCCCAGAAAAAUCGGAACUUUACAGAAAUGGAAAUCUGCUGCAGAUCCGGUAAAACUAAGACAGUCUGUUUUAGAAAAAGGAAAUUCCAUCUCCAAAACACAAACAAUGGAUUGGAAGGCACUGUCGCACAUCAUUAAGUUUGUGAAUACUUUCCGGAAAUUGAACGAGUACUCUCUUGAGAAGGUUUACCCGGACGGCAUGUAUGUUACGGGUUACGAAGACGAGCUUCGAAAAGACGAUCAACAACUAACGGUGAUACAGAAUAUAGGAGAUUUCAUGGUGACGUUUUUCUCUUUGGCUGGAUACGAUAUGCAGGAUGCGUCUGUUACGACACAAAUGAACUUCAUGGAACAGGAUGCCUUUUCGAAAUCCUUAAAACGACGUUUGCCAAGCCAAUCAAAACCCAGACAGGUGCCCGAAGCCGAUUACUCUUCAGAGGAAAAAGCCACAGGAAAACUGAAACACUUUGACGUGAUGAUAAGUUACCAGUGGGGAUCAAAAGAUGUGGUGCUGAGGGUGAAGAGUUUUCUGGAGAAAAGCAGGGUCAGCUGUUGGAUUGACCUGGACAACAUUAAAGGCUCCACAUUACAGGCGAUGGCGGAGGCAGUGGAAUGCUCGGACCUCUUCCUAAUGUGUUACUCCUUUAAAUAUUUCACCAGCAAAAACUGUCGACAAGAGGCUGAGUACGCUAAUAAGUUAAACAAAACAAUUAUUCCGCUGAAGAUGGAGAGGGACUAUGAACCGAGAGGAUGGCUAGGGAUGAUUCUGGGGGCCAAACUGUUUUUCGAGUUUUCUGGAAAAUAUCCGUUUGACCAAAAGGCCCAAGAGCUGCUCAAGGAAAUCAACAGUCAUUUACAAAACAUCCCGGAAGUGACGUCUUCAGAGAAUGUCAUGACAACAGAAAAUGAUGCGAGAUCGCAGAAACAGUUGGAGUCUAGAGAGAAUGAAAAAAACGCAGACGGCGAUAGAUUGACUUCGAUCAGGAGAAUGAAAGCGAAAGUGAAACCUGGUAUUGGUCAGAUCACGUGUCGUGAGGGACUGACCUGGCUAGGAAACGGUAACAACGUGCUGAUUUCUAUCGACAAAGACGGAAAACAGAAGGACAUGGUUUGUCUGCGAGAUGAGGAAAUUAAAUAUCACGCAUUCACUGAGGAAGGUGAUAUCCUUCUCAUUCACAAAAACAGCCUGAUGAGGUACGUUAAGAGGCAGUUACGUCCCUUUAUAUCUUAUUUUUCUGAUGGUUAUGUGGCCACGUUUGUCGCUUGUUCAGCGCAGAAUGGCGAUAUUCUUAUUGGACUUCUUAAUAAAGAUGAACAAAGUGCCAAAAUUGUCAGAUUUAACAAAAUCGGAAAAGAACUUCACGUUUCAGAAAAAGAAUCAAAUGGAAAACCACUUUUUGAAUCGCCUAUGCAUGUAGCAAUUAAGAAAAAUGAAGAUGUUUGUAUAUCUGAUUAUAAGAAAGGUGUAGUUGUCAUUGAUAAAACUGGAAACCACCGUUUCACCAAUCCAGUCGCUGAUGCUAUGGGACUGUGUAUAGACAGCCAAGAUAAUAUUCUAGUUUGUGAUGGAAGCGAUAAAAUACAUAUCAUUACGUCAGAAGGAAAAUUACAGCGAACAGUAUCUGUCAAUAGACCGGGUGUGUCAGCCAUUGCGAUCGAUACAAAUUCUACGUUUUUGAUUGGAUUUAAAAAAUCAUGUGUAGUUGAAGUUUAUCGUUACGAGUUCGUGUAGAGAAAUGGCAUCCUGUGGUAGUUGAAACUUUCUGUUUGGGUAUAUAUUCUAACUGAAACUUGUUGUGUUCAUAAUCAGACCAUAGAUAAGUUGUUGCAAUAAAAUAUUAUGGAUCGCC